AUCUCCCUCUUCUUAAUUUCCUAUUACCAAUUCCCAACCAAUCGGAUCAUAGUCUGAAUUGGAUUUUGAUCUGAGUGAUCAGUUGAGAUGGAGAAGAUAAAAGCAUUGACAUCUGAGAAUGGAGUUGUGAUCUUCACCAAGAGCACUUGUUGCUUGUGUUAUGCUGUCACCAUUCUCUUCCAUGAACUUAGGGUGAAUCCUGUAGUCUAUGAAAUAGAUAAAGAUCCUCAAGGAAGGGAGAUGGAGAAGGCUCUCCUUAAGCAAGGCUGUAGUUCAUCCCCUGUGCCAGCUGUAUACAUAGGCGGCAAGCUCGUGGGGUCCACCAAUGAGGUGAUGUCCCUUCACCUAAGUGGCUCUCUCAUUCCACUCCUCAAAACGUAUCAGUCCCUGUCUUAAACAAACAAACAAAAACAAACUCCACUCUCAAAGAAAUUGGCCCGGGUCAAAACUAUAUAUAUAUAUAUAUAUGAGCAGCAGUAAUCUAUUCAACUAGACUAUGUUAUGUAUUAUUUAUUACUACUUUUGUAACUUUUCGUUAGUUUCAGGGUAAGUAAGAUUAUGAUUGUCGUUAGUUUUUAGAUUAUCAAUAUACUUUAUUUAGUCUGUU